AUGGACAACACUCUCGCCGAUGGCUUCAAGUCGCCGUUCAAGAUAACCAACGCCUUCGAGCUCCUGCCCUUUGAUCGUGCCGAGAGCGUCAGCCAGCGCUACAAGGGCCAGUACAAGAGCCGCUACACCCAUCUGGGCUACCGUCUGAUUGCCAUGGAGCUCCACCCCUUCCUGAUGCAGCUCGGUUUGACGCUGCUCACCGCCGUCCUGAGCUUUGGCGCCCCCUUCUGCACCUACCACAUCAUGAACUACAUCCAGACCCCCGACGGCCGCCCCAUCACCUUUGGCCUGGCCUUUGUCGUCAUCCUGUUCUUUGUCACCAUCAUGGAGACCAUCCUCGACAACCAGGCCUUCUACAUCGGCGGCCGCAUGAUCCACCGCAUCCGCGCUGUCCUCAUCACCCAGAUCUUUGAAAAGUCGCUCAAGAAGACCCAGGCCCCCAUCAAGAACCUCGAGAGCGGCGAGGACGAGACCAACGGCAAGAUUGUGUCGCUCAUGUCGCUCGAUGCCGAGAAGAUCGCCAACAGCUCCAACUACCUCGUCUAUAUCUUCACCACGCCGCUCCAGAUCAUCUUUGCGAUUGCUGCCCUGAUCAGCUUCCUGGGCUGGUCGGCGCUCGCCGGUGUCGGUGUUAUGAUCCUGAGUAUGCCCCUGACCUCCUUUGUCACCACCAGUCUCAACACCUACUACGACAAGAUGCUUGCCAUGUCCGACAAGCGCAACACCCGCACCCAGGAGGCCCUGCAGGCCAUCCGCAUCAUCAAGUUCUUUGCCUGGGAGCCGCAGUUCCUGAACCGCAUCACCGAGGCCCGAAACCUCGAGCUGCAGGAGUGGAUCCGUUACUUUACCUACAACGGCCUCAGCAUCAUCCUCUGGGGUCUGGUUCCAACUCUGGUCACCAUCUUCACCUUCUUCACCUACACCGUCGUCUUUGGCCACGACCUGGACGUCACCACGGCCUUCACCUGCCUGGCUCUCUUCAACACCCUCAAGUUCCCGCUCACCGCCUUCCCCGAAAUGAUCUCGGAGGCCAUCCAGCUGAACGUGUCCGUCAACCGCAUCAACCGCUAUCUCAACGAGCCCGAGCUCGAAAAGUACAGCGACUCGGUCACCGAGCAGUCCGUCAUCAGCCAGGGCGAAAGCAUCUCGGCCAUCGGCUUCUCUGACGCCUGGUUCGAGUGGCACCACUCCCCGACCCCCGAGACCACCGCGAGCAACCCCAGCAAGUGGCGCAACCUGUUCCGCAAGAAGACCCCCGAGACCACCCCGCUUCUCGACGGCGCCUCCACCAGCGGCUCGUCCUCGAGCGAGUCCCCGAAGGCGUCCUUCACCCUCCGCGACAUCAACAUCACCUUCCCUGACGGCAAGCUCAGCACCAUCUGUGGCUCCACCGGCUCUGGCAAGUCGUCGAUUAUCCGUGCUCUCCUUGGCGAGAUGAGCGUCCUGCAGGGCUCGAACCGCAUGAUCGAUCCUCGCUUCAAGACUGGUCCCCGUUCCGGUGUUGCCUUUGUUGCCCAGACGGCCUGGCUCGCCAACGCCACGAUCCGCGACAACAUUCUGUUCGGCGAGCCCUACGACGCUGCCCGCUAUGCGCGCGUUAUCGAGGCCUGCGCUCUGACCAAGGACCUCAAGGGAUUCGAGGCCGGCGACCUGACCGAGAUCGGCGAGAAGGGCAUCAACCUGUCCGGCGGCCAGAAGCAGCGAGUGUCGCUCGCCCGCGCCGCAUACUCCCGAGCUCACUACAUCCUGCUGGACGACCCGCUCUCUGCCGUCGACGCCCCCACGGCCCGCCACCUGUUCCACAAGUGCAUUGUCGGCCUGCUCAAGCACCGCACCCGCAUCCUCGUCACCCACGCCACCAGUGUUGCCCUCCCCUCCACCGAUUUCCUCGUUGUCGUCAACCAGGGCCGGAUCUUUGCCCACGGCGCCGUCCGCGAGGUAAUGAACGUCUCUGGCGUCGACACCAUCAUCGCCGCCGAAGAGGCCCGACUCAGCCUGGAGCAGCCCGAGACCCACAGCGAGGAACUCGAUGCCGAUGCCACCGACGCCACCACCGACUUUGCCAACGGCAAGACCCCCGAGGAGGCCAAGAAGCUCAUCGAGAACGAGGGAUCCGACACCGGCUCGGUCAAGGCCAAGAUCUACUGGUUCUAUUUGCAGGCCACCGGCGGCCUCGCCCUGGCCCUCAUCUUUGUCGCUGGCCUGUUUGCCCAGAACGGCGUCCGCUUCCUGGUCGACUACUGGCUCAAGAUCUGGGCCGAAGCCUACGCCGCCGUCGAGGCGCAGCCCCUGACUCCGUUCUUCAUCAACACCUCGGCCUUCAACGCCCUUGCUGACGUCGAUAUUGGCUACUACCUGGCGAUCUACGUGGCCUUGAACAUCUUCCUGGUCGUCGUGACCACGGGCAUGUACGCCUUCCGCUGCUUCGGCGCCUACGGCGCUGCCAAGAAGCUGCACGAGAUGCUGAUCGAGCGAGUCAUGUAUGCGCCUGUCCGCUGGUUCGACGUUACCCCCCUGGGCCGCAUCUCCAACCGCCUGUCGAAGGACGUUGCCUCGGUCGACACCGAAGUCAUGGGCGGCUGCGUGUGGUUCCUGACCCAGGUCACCAGCACCCUCAGCAUCAUCGCGAUUGUCGGCUGGAUCACGCCGCUCUUCCUGGUCAUCGUCUUCCCCAUCGGCUACGUCUACAUCAAGAUUGCGCAGUACUACCUCGCCUCGAGCAGAGAAAUGAAGCGCCUGCAGAGUGUCUCGCGAAGCCCCAUCUUCAGCAGCUUCAGCGAGUGCCUCGUCGGCGUGUCGACCAUCCGCGCCUACGGCCACGAGCAGCGCUUUAUCCAGGACAACAUGGAGAAGGUCGACAAGAACCACCGCGUGCACAAGAUGAUGUGGUCGUCGAACCGCUGGCUCAGUGUCCGCAUCGUCCUGAUCACUGGCCUUGUCAUCCUCUUUGCCGGCUGCUCGAUCCUGCUGUCGCGCGACAUUAUCGGCGCCGGCUUUGCCGGCCUCAGCUUGACCUGGGUCACUGUCAUUGCCGAGAACCUGCUCUGGCUGGUGCGCAUGCACGCCCAGAUGGAGAUGGGCAUGAACUCGGUCGAGCGUGUGCACGAGUACAUGCAGAUCGACAACGAGCCGCCCAUGGAGAUCCCCGAGACCCGCCCUGCCGAGAACUGGCCGACACACGGCCGCAUCGUCUUUGAAAACGUCGAGGUGCGCUAUGCUCCCGACCUGGAGCCGGUCCUGCGCGGCAUCUCGUACGAGUUCAAGGGCCGCCGCAAGAUCGGCAUCGUCGGCCGCACCGGCGCCGGCAAGUCGACCCUGACCCUCGCGCUCUUCCGCAUCAUGGAGCUCGCCCAGGGCACCAUCACCAUCGACGGCGUCGACAUCUCCAAGAUCGGCCUGCGCGACCUGCGCCGCAAGCUGACCAUCAUCCCGCAGGAGCCUGUCCUCUUCAACGGCGACAUCCGCUCGAACCUGGACCCCUUCAACGAGCACCCCGACGACGAGCUGUGGGACGUGUUGAUCCGCGUGCGCUUCCUGCAGACCCUGCAGAAGAAGCUCGAGACGGACUCGGGCGCGGCUUCGCUGGCCUCGAGCGACUCGACCCUCGAUCUGCCGCAGGUGGAGGACUCGAAGCAACAGCAGCGCAACGAGCGCAACGAACUCAACAACCGCGAGUCGGCCGAAAAGGCCGGGUUCUCGCUGGCCAGCUCCGUCUCCGAGGGCGGCUCCAACUUCAGUCAGGGCCAGCGCCAGCUGCUGUGCUUGGCCCGUGCGCUGCUGAAGCGCUCGGCCGUCACGAUCCUCGACGAAGCCACGGCCUCGGUCGACAACGACACCGACGCCUUUAUCCAGGAAACCAUCCGCGGACCCGAGUUCUCGCGCUCGACGGUGCUGUGUAUCGCCCACCGCGUCCGCACCAUCGCCGACUAUGACCAGAUCCUGGUGCUCAGCCACGGAGAGGUGGCCGAGACGGGCACACCGCUGGAGCUGAUGCACAAGGAGGGCGGCAUCUUCAACAAGAUGUGCCAGGACUCGGGCGAGUUUGACGAGCUGGUCAAGCUGGCCAGCAAGCCCAAGCCCAACCACCACCACGCCUGA